UCUGCCAUUAGCAGUGAGUUUAAUGCAGCUGACAUCAGUUCAUGUUGUGGGCGGAACUUUGGAAAGUCUGAAACAAAGAGUUGAGCUUAGCGAGGAUCUGACAGGUGCUGGUGCCGAUUCUUCACUGAUGAAGUGCAGCCUACAGAGUACCCCUCGUUUACCUGCUUUCUCCAUGGAUGGGGACUUUGUUAUUGGAGGGGUUUUCUCAUUACAUUAUGAGCUGUCCUCAGUGACUCAUAACUACACCACCAAACCGGAACCUUCCGGCUGCACAGGGAGCAUUAUUGCCAGGGAACUGCGUUUUUCCCGCACAAUGGUCUUUGCUGUGGAGGAGAUAAACAACAGCUCAGAGCUGCUGCCCGGCAUCAAACUUGGAUAUCAGAUCUAUGACUCAUGCAACUCGGUACCUGUGGCCAUGCAGGUGGCGUUUCAGCUUUCAAAUGGUCUGGAUAGUUCAUUUUACAAAAGCAAAAAUUGUUCCCAGGCAGCUGUUUUAAUGGCAGUUGGAGACUCUGGGUCUACAACAUCUAUCAGCAUAUUGCAUAUUUUUGGAUCCUUCAGUAUUCCUCUAGUGAGCCACUUUGCCACGUGUGCCUGUCUGUCAGACAAGCAGAAGUUCCCUACUUUCUUCAGAACCAUUCCCAGUGACCAGUUCCAGGCUGAUGCACUGGCCAAGCUGGUGAAACACUUUGGCUGGACUUGGAUAGGCGCUGUCCGCUCAGACUCAGAUUAUGGGAAUUAUGGAAUGGCGUCUUUUCUUGCAGCAGCACAGAGAGAGGGAAUCUGUGUGGAGUACUCAGAAUCCUUCUUUCCAACUGACCCAGCUAGCAAGAUCAAGCGAGUAGCUGAUGUUAUCCGCAGGUCAAAAGCGAUGGUUGUUGUGGCAUUUGUUGACUCUGGAGAUAUCAGAGUUCUGUUUGAGGAACUGGCUCAAAAUCCUCCACUGCCUCACCAGUGGGUUGGAAGUGAGGGUUGGAUAACUGACCCUUACUUGAUGAGGUACAGCUUCUGCACAGGAGCCAUCGGAGUUGCCAUUCAGAAAUCUGUCAUCCCAGGUCUGAGAGAAUCCCUACUGGAUCUAUCUCCCACUCAAGUAGCUGCAUCCCCAGUGCUGACUGAGUUCUGGGAGGAUUCUUUCAAAUGCUCAAUGAACAAAGCCACAAAAUUGUGUGAUGGAACUGAAGAUAUCAAAACAAUCAAAAACCCGUACACUGAUACAUCUCAGUUAAGAGUCACUAACAUGGUGUACAAGGCUGUUUACGCUAUAGCUCAUGCUAUUCACAAUGCAGUGUGUUGGGAUUUAGACUUUAUAACUAAGUGUGAUAAACACGGGUACCCGGAGUCCAAACAGGUUCUAACUAAUCUAAAAAAAGUUAAAUUUUCCCGUAACGGUUACCCUGUAUCAUUUGAUGCUAAUGGAGACCCUGUAGCUUUUUAUGAGCUGGUCAACUGGCAGAAGAGUGAGCGUGGAGUUACUGAGCUGGUAACAGUAGGGUACUAUGAUGCAUCACUGCCUAAAGGACAGGAGUUUCAUACCAACAGGAACAUAUCCUGGGUGAAUGGUAACAAAGUAAAUGUCCCAGCAUCAGUGUGCUCUGAGAGUUGUCGUCCAGGAACUCGUAAAGUGUUACAGAAAGGAAAACCCAUUUGCUGCUAUGAUUGUAUACCAUGUCCUGAUGGAGAGAUCAGUAACACAACAAAUUCUCCAGACUGUUCCCCGUGUCCCAGUGAAUCGUGGCCUAAUGCACAAAGAGACGCUUGCUUCCCCAAACCUGUGGAGUUUCUUUCCUAUGAUGAAGUCCUGGCAAUCAUCCUGGCUGCAUUCUCUGUUAGUGGGGCCUGUCUGGCCAUCAUAACAGCAGCUAUUUUCUUUCAUCACAGAACAACUCCAAUUGUCAGAGCCAACAACUCUGAGCUGAGCUUCCUGCUGCUCUUCUCUCUGACUCUGUGUUUCUUAUGUUCAUUAACUUUCAUCGGAGCUCCCUCUGAUUGGUCCUGCAUGCUGCGACACACAGCGUUUGGUAUCACCUUUGUUCUCUGUAUCUCCUGUGUUCUUGGCAAAACUGUAGUGGUUUUAAUGGCCUUUAAAGCUACACUUCCAGGUAGUAAUGUCAUGAAAUGGUUUGGGCCUCCACAGCAAAGAAUGACUGUUGUAUUUUUUACAUUUGUUCAAGUAUUAAUCUGUACUGUGUGGUUGUUACUCAGCCCUCCAUUCCCAAUGAAGAAUCUGAGCACAUACAAGGAGAAGAUCAUCCUGGAAUGUGCAUUAGGUUCUGCUGUUGGGUUCUGGGCUGUGCUCGGGUACAUUGGCCUGCUGGCUGUUUUCUGCUUUGUGUUAGCUGUUCUAGCUCGGAAACUACCUGAUAAUUUUAAUGAAGCCAAGCUGAUAACCUUCAGCAUGCUGAUAUUCUGUGCAGUGUGGCUCACCUUCAUCCCAGCAUAUGUCAGCUCUCCUGGAAAAUUGACUGUAGCUGUGGAGAUAUUUGCUAUUCUGGCCUCCAGUUUUGGACUGAUUCUGUGUAUAUUUGCUCCAAAGUGUCUCAUCAUCUUAUUUCAGCCUGAGAAAAACUCUAAGAAAUAUUUAAUGAAUAAAAAUUAA